AUGACUGAUGUCGCACAUUCUGUGAGUCUGGACCAACGUCUCGAUUGUCCUCACGAUCCAGUUUCCUUUCCUCAAUAUUCUAAUACUCCUACGUCUGCUACUUUCGCUGUCACUACGCCAAGUAUUUUAUCAGCUAAUCAACAAAUUUCUGACUUAAAUUUGGCUCCAUUUGGCGGUUUCGAUUUAUCAGGUGAAGCAUCAUUUGAAGCUGUUAAUUUUUUCGAACCGCAAAACUGGCAUGCCUUUCUCGCUGUUAUGAACUUCCAAUUUCAUCCCCAACAACAAUCAGACCAAGAUCUUUCUCACUCACCUCAACAACAUUCGCGACAAUUUAACGAAAUGGCUACUUAUCAUCAAUAUUCUUCUGUAGACGUUCAACAACCAAUGUUGCAGUCUCCUGCAACUCCACCUUUUGUUGAACCAUCUGCAAAUUAUUUUGCAAUUCCACCCACGACUAC